GUUCGAAAUCGAUACGAGGGUUUUGGUUUAUGGUUUGAAAUCUUCAUGCGGGUUCCAUUUAGGGUUCGUUUAUCGGGGAUUUGAAAUCAAUUUGGGGGUUUCUAGUUAGGGUUUGAAAUCGAGUUUCUAGUUUCGAUUAACCGUUGAUUGUGUUCUAAUCUUAGCUUUUUUGGUACAGAUGGAUCCUGCAGAAGAGAGAAGAGAGACAAAGAGGCACAAGGAGUUCAUCAAUAUGCAAGGAUACGUGGCUGAUUCAGAAUACGGGAUUCCGACAAGGUGUCCCUGUGGUGGGAGAAUCAUUGACGAGGUUCGGGGGAAGGACGACUACGACACCCUUCCUGGGAAGCGGUUCUUCACCUGCAAAAAGUACGAGGUAAGCGCUUCUUCUCAUUUAAAUUCUUUCCAUUUAUUUUUGUUUUCAAACGAGAUUCUCAUAUGUGUUUUUGUUGUUAACAAGGCUGAUGGGUUUCAUUACCGUCAGCCUUGGGUGAUUGGUGUACAGGAGCAUAUCGAACGCCUCACUAAGCGUGUGGAGGAGGUUGAGCUGGUGAUCAAGUGGGUGCCGGAGGUCAAUAAUCAGAUUGAGAGACUGGAGGCAGAGGUUAAAGCCCUCAAUCAGGAGGUUGAUAACCUCACUGGGCAGGUUUAUAACCUCUCUGUGCAGGUCGCGGACUUGGAGAAGCUCUGCUUCGACUGAAAACAAAAGGUAACACUGAAGCUUAAUUAGUUCGAGUGCUAGGUAGAGUUGAACUUGAACUGAACUAGGUAGUUGCGUAAUGAAUGUUAAUGAAUGGUUGAGUUUCAAAUCCGUGUAGUUUUGUUUUGGUUGGUAGCAUAAUGAAUGGUUGAGUUUUAAAAACUGAUUUGAUGUUUAUUGAAUGCUCUCUGUGUAGUAGUUGUUUUCUAAUUAACUUUAAUCAAUGGUUGGUAGUUAGAGUAUGUUUAAUUUUUUGUCCUUUCAAAGCUAAAACUAGUUUAAAAUCAUAGGCAAUCCACAUUUGAAAACACAAACCAAAUUUUAAACCCAUUUAUCGAAAAUCAAAAUGGAUCAUUUUUUCCUUAACUCUCCCGGGUUGGUUAACCUACUAGCUUCCCAGAGCAGUCAAACAAUAGACUUAGGGUGUUCUGAGGUUCCUAAACCUGCGUCAAAGUGAAAGUGGACAACCAUGGAAGACGUUGUGCUGAUCAGUGCUUGGUUGAACACCAGCAAAGAUCCAAUCGUGAGUAAUGAGAGGCAGCUAAGUUUUGGAAGCGAAUAGAGGAGUAUGUCAAUGCUAGCCCUCUGCUCAUUGGCUCCAUUCCUAGGGAGUGGAGUCAAUGUAAGCAGAGGUGGGGAAGGGUGAAUGAGCAGGUGUGCAAGUUUGUGGGAAGCCAUGAAGCCGCUUUGAAGGAGCAAGCGAGUGGCCAAAAUGAGAAUGAUGUCAUGAAGGCUGCCCAUGACAUCUUCUUUAAUGACUAUCAUGUCAAGUUCAGUCUUGAACAUUGUUGGAGGGAGCUUAGGUUUGAUCAAAAAUGGAGAUCACACUCAUUGUCGAAAGAUGGUGCAAAGGAGAAAAGGAAGGAACAUGCGGAGGAGGUGCCUGCCGAGGAAGAUGUUAGGCCUCCUCGUGUUAAGGCUAGCAAAGCAGCCAAACGCAAGAAGCACGCAAUGAAGUGCUCCUCCGUUUUAAAAUAUUACAUAUUUACCAAAUAUAGUGCUCCUCCGUUUUAAAAUAUUACAUAUUUUAGAUUUUUUAUGCAUUUCAAUAAAACACAUUAAAUUUGCAAAAAAAUUUGUGAUUAUCUUUUGGAAAAAAGUUUCUUAGCAACACGAAGUAUAGACUAAUAUGGUGGAAACCAUCUCAUGUCUUGGAAUAUGUCAAUAACUACACCAUGUUUAUGUUAAUACAUGCCACAUAUACGAAGUAAAAUUUAAUAUGGUGGCAACAUCAUAAUCGGAUUUAAUUGAUUUUAGGAUUAGUUAAUGGGAUCAUUUUGUAAUUUGAUAAACUUAAAUCAGAUUAACAAAAUCCGACCCGAUCCAGUUGAUAUCUUGCACAUUUACAUUGUUUUAACUCUUCAUUCUUGCAUGUUUUGAUCAUUUAGAUUAGAGAUUGUGCAUUUUAGUUUCAUUUUUGCAUUGCAUAAGUCUUUAUCAGGUGUUGGAGUGUCCAUUGGAGUUCUUGGAGUUACUUGUAAGCAUUUGGGAUCAAAAAGGGAGUGGAAAGUGUUGUUUGAGCGAGUAGAGCACCGGAGCGGGCAAUGGGAGCGACCUACGACACCCGUUCCAGACAAAACGAAGCCAGCGCGACCUCUUGCAUCGGGGUUCGGAACCCGCUCCGAACCAACACCCCGUCGACAACUCUUGAGAGUCGGAGCGACCAAGACGGAGCAAGGUCUGUAGCCCGCGCGCAAAAACGAAGGAACGAAGCUGACAUCUGGAGCGACGUCCCGCAGCGGGGUGAAGCACCCGCUCUGGAAGCAGAGCGACCUGACCUACCCGCGCGCGUUUCUCUUCUUCUGAUCGAAAAUUUAUGUUUUAUUUGGGCAUUUCAAGUUGUUGACUGAGCUCAUUAGGUUUUAGAAGUCAUAUAAAUACUCUCUAAACCUAAUGUGAGGAUCUUAUCUUGUUUUCUAUCUAAUCAAAAAGCCACCUUUAAGUGAAAUAUCUAAUCUUGAUCAAUUUCUCUUGUGUUUACUUGAUUUCUUUGAUCAUUAAUCAUGUUUAGACUUAGAUCAACCAAUGAUCUAGUGUUUAUCAUGAUAAUGAGUGAGUAGUCAUCUUUGGAUUCAUGGGUUAGGAUGAUUAGGAUGAUUAAGUGAUGAUCUAGAAUAUUUAGAGUAGAUUAAUAUGUUUCCUUGCUUGAUUGAGUGAUCUUAAUGUUAAGUUAGAGUUGUCCAUUCUGGUUUAGAACUCUAGACAUUUCAUUGCCCGGAAGGUGUUCGAUGAAAUAUCUGAGUCAACUCAACAUGCUCUUAGCUUACCCUACCAAAGGGAUUUGAUGUUAGGGGAGUUAGGAAAAUUGAAUGAUCCAUUCUUAAAGAUUGCUUGAUUGACACAAACCAAAGGAAUUUGAUGUUUGAUCAUGAGAGUAAAUGAGCUUUUAUCUUGGAAGAGAACUUGCUUAUAAUUGAUAUCUAGACUUAGGGGAAUGUGUUGAUUGAAACCUUGCCAUUUUAGAUUAAAUCUUAGUCAUCUGAAAUCAAAAUCCUAUGCCCAUGAUUCCUCCUUUAUCUUCCCAGAGGCUCGCUCGGAAAGGCUGCUAUACCAUACCUUUUGACUAUUUGAUUGAAAGUUGUUUGUUAGUUGUUCUUGAAACUUGUUAGUUUGAUUGAAUCACCUCAUCUUAUUGAUUGCAUUUAGCUUAAUUGAAAACCUGAAUUCUCUUUGAUUCAAAAAUCUUAGAAAUGGAUUGACAUCUCAAAUACUAUGAUGAUUUGAUUAUUGGACCCUUGAAAAGUCCAUUUCAAAUUUGGCGCCGUUGCCGGGGAUCGAACCCGGGUCACCCACGUGAUAGGCGAGAAUACUUACCACUAUGGAUUUCAUCAAAGGAAUCUUGAAGGCUUUGGAGAAGCAUGUGAAAUGUUCAACAGCUACAUCUCUCAAUGUCCUCAUCAUGGCUUCAAUAUGAAGAGUUUGAUUAGUACUUUCUACAGAGGUGGUUUUCUCAAGUUUAGAAGCCAGCUUGAUACUCCUAGCAAUGGUUUCUUCUUGGGAAGAAGUGAAGCAGAUGCUUUGGAGCUUGUAAAGAACAUGGCUAAGAGUGAUUCAGUCUACAGUGAUGAACAUGAUAGAAGCAACAUAGGCAGUGGAGGUGAUGAUACAAACACCAAGAGAAAGUUAAAGGCUCUAUAAGAAAAGAUGGAUAUGCUUCUCUUGGAUAGAGCUCAACAAGAGAAGGUGAACUUUGUUGGUGAGAAAAAACAAGAAGGGACUGCUGUGCUUAAUGAAGUUGAUGGUCUAGAAGGUCAAGAAGAGUUGUGCUUUGUGAAUGCUAAUGAGACAUGGUACAAGAAGGAUCCUAACUUUCAGUACAACAACUACCAACAAAAACCUUUCUACAACAACAACCAACAAGGUGAUUACCAAGUUAGACAAACUACUCUCAAGGCUUCCCCUCCAAAGGAAAUCAGUCUACACAAGGUCAAGCCAGCUCUUCUACCUCUACUACACAAGAGAGUAGCACUGAUACAAUGCUGAAACAAAUCUUGGAGUCUCAAACUAGAAGUGAGAAGCACAUUGGAUAUGAGCUGAAGAACCUUCACACCAAAGUUGAUGGAAGCUACAAUGAUCUCAACAACAAGUUCUCAAACCUUGCUUCCAACUUCAAAGUUUUGGAGAACCAGUUUGCCUCUAUGAGUAGUAACUCAAAACGCCCUAUGAAAUCACUUCCCGGAACUUCUGAGCAAAACCCCAAGGAGACAAUGAAAUCCAUCACCCUAAGGAGUGGUAAACAAUUGCCUCCUAGAACUCUCAUUAGGGAUAAUGAGAAGCAAGAUGGGGAGGUGGUCAUCAAUGGGGAUGAUGAUGUGGUUAUUGUGGAUGAGAAAACCAAUGAAGAAAUCUUAGAGAAGAUAGUUGAAGCUAAAGGGAAAGGAAAGGUUGGAGAAGAAAAGAAGAUUGUGAACAAGAAUGAAGCUGCUACUUCAUCAAAAGGAGCUCCAUUCAUUCCUCCUCCAUAUGAAGCAAAAAUUCCCUUCCCUGGUAGAUUCAAGAGACAGCUUUUGGAGCAAUACAAAGCCUUGUUUGAGAAGCAAAUGAGUGAGGUUCAGAUCACCAUACCCAUUAUUGAUGCCUUCAUGCUAGUGCCUCAGUGCAGCAAGUUCCUCAAGGAUGAUGUAACCAAGAAGAAGAAAGAGAUGGAAGGGAUGGUACUUCUCACCCAUGAAUGCAGUGACAUUAUACAGUGGUUAACCAUCCCCAAGAAGCUUGAAGAUCCAGGAAGCUUCACUCUACCUUGUGCCAUUGGGCAAUUAGCUUUUGAGAAGUGUAUUUGUGAUUUGGGAGCAAGUGUGAGCCUUAUGCCUCUCUCCACUGCUAAAAAGCUUGGGUUUACACAAUACAAGAAGUGUAGACUUUCUCUUGUGCUAGCUGAUCGCUCAGCGAAGAUUCUCAUUGGUAUCCUAGAAGAUCUCCCUGUUAUGGUUGGAAAUUGUGAAAUUCCUACAGAUUUUGUAGUGUUGGAGAUGAAUGAAGAACCAACAGAUCCUUUGAUGGGGAGACCUUUCUUGGCUACAGCAGGAGCUGUUGUGAAUGUUAAGGAAGGGAAGAUUAAUCUUCAUCUUGGCAAAGGGAACAUCCUGCAUUUUGACAUCAAGGAGGUGAUGAAGAAGCCCACUACCCAAAGCCAAGCAUUCUACAUUGAGGAGAUGGAAGCUUUAGCUGAAGAGUAUUUGGAGGAAUUAGCUAUUGAGAACUCUCUUCAACAUGCCCUAACAGUUGAUAGAGAGACUCAAUUGAUUGAAGAUGAGGAGAGUGCAAGGUAUGUGAGGAUGCUAGACUGCCACAAGGAGAAAAGUGGAGAAGACAACUUCAUAGAGCUUCCACAAGAAGUUCAUCAUGCUGCUUCAGUUGAUCAACAAGAGAACCUCCAAGAAGAUGAUUGGAGUGAACUAAAAGCACCAAAAGUGGAGCUUAAACCUCUCCCCCUUGGUGUAAGGUAUGUAUUUUUUGGACCUAAUGAGACAUAUCCUGUCAUUGUGAGCAGUGAACUGAAUGAAAACGAAUUGGCUAAACUUUUGAAUGAACUUAAAAAGUAUAGAAAAGCAAUAGGCUACUCACUAGAUAAUAUUAAAGGGAUAUCACCUCCUUUAUGCAUGCAUAGGAUACAUCUAGAGGAUGAAUCUAUGACUUCUAUAGAACAUCGAAGAAGGUUGAACCCCAACUUGAAAGUUGUUGUUAAGAAAGAUAUUCUAAAACUCGUAGAUGCAGGUGUAAUCUAUCCUAUUUCAGAUAGCAAAUGGGUGUCUCCCGUGCAUGUUGUCCCGAAGAAGGGUGGAAUAACAGUAGUUAAAAAUGAUAAGAAUGAACUAAUUCCAACAAGAACAAUAACGGGACAUAUGGUGUACAUAGAUUAUAGAAAACUUAACUCAGCAUCUAGAAAGAAUCAUUUUCCAUUGCCAUUCAUUGAUCAAAUGCUAGAGAGACUUGCCAAUCAUCCCUAUUAUUGUUUUCUUGAUGGGUAUUCAGGGUUCUUCCAAAUCCCCAUACAUCCAAAUGGUCAAGAGAAAACGACUUUCACAUGCUCUUAUGGUACCUUUGCUUAUCGAAGGAUGCCAUUUGGGCUAUGUAAUGCCCCAGCCAUUUUCUAAAGAUGCAUGAUGUCUAUUUUCUCUGAACUUA